AUGGUCAGGUUUAAGAUACUUUUCUCCAUCUUUCAAAUUCAAGAUGGGACUGUGGGAGAGGUAGGGAGGAUGGAUCAUGGGUCAAUCAUUUGGGACCUUAAAUGGAGACAUUCGUUAUUUGUUCAUGAAAAACCUAUAGUUGACGAGUUUUUUCAACUGUUUAAGAGGUUCACCUUUUCUAUGGAGAAUAAUAGGUGGAUGUGGAGGCAUGCUAGAGAUGACUCUUUCUCGAUGGUCUCAGUUUAUCAAGCCAUAACUAGUAGUAGUCUUACUUCUGAUGAGACUGUAGAGAUUGUGGUUCUAACUCCUUCUGCUAUUUGGGAAAGUUGGGGCCCCUUUAAGGUGAUGGUUUUUUCUUGGAAACUUCUACGAGAUAAAUUUUCUUCUAAGAAAAAUCUAUUUAAGCAAAAUGUUAUUACUGUUUAA